AUGGAACUGCCAACUCCUGGAGCCCCUGGCGAGCAUGCGUCCCUGCGCGUCCCACUCUGGCUGCACCGCAGGAGCGCGGCUCGGCCUGGCGCCCCGCUGGCGUCCGGCGUCUGGGCGGCCGCCUCGGAGGCCCCGCCGCGCGCGGCGGGCGUGGCGCAGCAGGCCGUGAAGCUCACCUACUUCGGGCUGUGGGCGAAGGGCCCGUCGGUGGCCCUGGCGCUCGAGCACAGCGGCCUGGACUGGGAGGGCGCGUUCCCCGACGACUGGAGCGGGAUGAAGGAGACCACGCCGUUCUUCGAGCUGCCAGUCCUGGAGGUUCCAGAGCUGGGCAUGGUCGGGCACGAGCUGGCCAUCCUCAACCUCGUCGGGCGAAGAGUGCCGGAGAUGGCAGGGGUGUCCGAGAAGGAUUUCGCGAUCUCCCAGCAGCUGCUCAACCAGGGCGAGGACAUCUACCAGAAGCUGAGCAAGAUCAAGACCGGCCUCAUCACCGGCGAGGAGGCGGCCGGAUUUUGGACGGACGAGAAUGCCAAGACCCACAACAGGAACUACGGCAUCAAAGUUUUCCUGCGCCUCCUGGAGUCCUUCAUGUCCAAGUGCGCGUCCGGCGACGACCGGUUUACCUCCUCUGGCAACACGGUUGGCGAGUGCAAGCUUUUCGCGUCGCUGCACAGCUGCAAGCUCAUCCGCGACGACGUCCUCGAAGGCUACCCGGGCCUCGCGAGGUUCUACGCGCGCUUCGCCGCGGAGCCCGCGACCCAGGCUGUGCUUGCCGACGGCGCCAAGAUGCCCGGCCCCUUCGCGCAGUACUUCAAGUGA